GGAUCAGCUGUUCUGUCAAGACUUGACAGUCUAGUUCAAGUAAAAAAUCGAUAAAACUAUGGAGUUGUAGAUUGUGUGCCACUGCGUAAAAUUUUUGUGUAUUAAAACUGGUCUUACUUGUGGUUUUACAAUGCAAAACGUUAUUAACAGCGUAAAAGGCACCGCUUUAGGUGUUGCUGAAUACUUAACCCCAGUUUUAAAAGAAUCAAAAUUCAAAGAAACUGGUGUCUUAACUCCAGAAGAGUUUGUAGCUGCUGGGGAUCAUUUAGUUCACCAUUGUCCUACAUGGCAGUGGGCAUCGGGAGAUGAAUCUAAGAUUAAGCCCUAUUUGCCAAAAGAAAAACAAUUUUUGAUUACCAGGAAUGUUCCAUGUUCAAGAAGAUGCGUUCAAAUGGAAUACUCCGAAGAAUUGGAAAGAAUAAUCGAGUCUGACGAUGCUGAUAACGGCUGGGUCGAUACUCACCAUUAUGAUACAAAUACUUCAGCAGUGGAAGAUAAAAUUUCCGAGAUGACUCUCGAAAAUGCCAAAGGCGACAGCAUGGAAGAUGCGUUAAAAGAUUCUGAUAAUGAUGACAAAGAAGACGAAGAUGAUGAAGAGGCUGCAGACAUGGAGGAGUUUGAAGAAAGUGGGAUGUUAGAAGAUGAACAGGUUGCAAAAGUGAUUCAACCAAGCAAGGCUUCAUGUAGCAAAAGCGAUGAUGACGGAGAAAUAGUACACACUCGUACCUAUGAUUUGCACAUUACAUAUGAUAGAUAUUAUCAAACGCCCAGGUUAUGGCUUACAGGCUACGACGAGAACCACAAGCCUCUAACAGCGAACGAAUUCUUCCAAGAUGUUAGCAAAGAUUAUGCACAAAAAACUGUAACCAUGGAAACACAUCCACAUUUGAGCGUGCCAAAAAUCGCGUCUGUUCACCCAUGCAGGCAUGCGCAGGUGAUGAAGAGCAUCAUCGAAACAGUGACCGAGGGCGGCGGUGAACUUGGGGUGCACAUGUACCUGAUAAUAUUCCUCAAGUUCAUGCAAUCCGUAAUACCCACAAUAGAAUACGAUUACACUCAAAAUUUUUCUAUGAAUUAAUUGAUUUGUGAUUAGCGAUAUUUUGUCUUUUUAAACUGCUAUAUAUAUUGUUUAUACGUUUUUGCUAUGAUAUUUUAAUAUAUUAUAUUUUUUGUAUCCCUAAAAGCGUUUUUAUAAUUUGCCUAGUUACAGUUAAGGUUUAGGAGGCCGUCUUUUGACACCGUCAAAAGUUGCGGCGCUAGAGCGCUGUCGUCGACUCCGUAAGUGGUAACAAAACACAUUUCUUGACCGUCUUCGCCAACAAAACUGACGUUUACAUCCUUCAGGGCAUCUGUAUUUAUAAAUUGCAAAUUGUCGUCGAUAAGACCCGAAUCCUCUACCUCAACA